ACAAAAGAAGUGCAAACAUGAAAUUCUUCAAUUUACUAAUCGUAGCCUUUGUGGCUUUUGCUGUUCCUGCCUUGGGCAAGACUUUUACACGCUGCUCCUUGGCAAGGGAAAUGUACAACAUGGGUGUACCGAAAUCUGAACUGGCUCGCUGGACCUGUAUUGCUAAACACGAAUCGGAUUACCGUACUCACGUUGUGGGUCCCGCCAACAGUGAUGGCUCCCACGAUUACGGUAUUUUCCAAAUCAACGACAAGUAUUGGUGCCAACCUAACAGUGGUCGUUUCUCCUACAACGAAUGCGAUGUGGAUUGUGAUGACUUGUUGACCGAUAAUAUCAGCUUGUCGGUUAGAUGUGCCCGCCAAGUAAAGGCCCAAGAAGGUUGGCCCUCCUGGACUACUUGGAAAUACUGCAGCGGUAAUUUGCCCAGCAUUAAUGAGUGUUUUUAAUGCAGUAGGGAAAUUGUUAUGAGAUUAAUAAUUUAUACAUUAAAUUGAUCUAGUUUCAUAACAAAAAAAAAAAUGAAAUUGACUCCUUAUUUGUAUAUCAAUUUUUAAUAUAUUAAAGGUUUAUUAAAUAAUUUUCAUUAUGAAUAACAACUUAA